UAUAGUCUUUUUCUUCUUUAAGAGGUUAAUUUAGCAUCUUCUUCUAAAAUGGCUUCAAGCAGUAACUCAGAAAUAGCCCGUGUAUUCUUCCCUUCAUAUCCCAUGUUCCAACUUUACAAAGACGGACGCGCCGAGAGACUCCGGAAAACGGUAACGGUCCCAGCGUCCGACGACCCCAAAACCGGCGUUCGGUCUAAAGACGCACCGGUGCCUCCCCUAUCGUCAGCUCGUAUUUUCCUCCCCAAAACCUCAGACCCCACCGCCAAACUCCCGCUCCUCAUCUACAUCCACGGCGGCGCGUUUUGCAUCGAGUCCCCUUUCUCCCCCACUUACCACAACUACCUCACUUCCCUCGUCGCCAAAGCCAAGGUAAUAGCCGUUUCCGUACAGUACAGGAAAGCUCCGGAGCACAACCUCCCCGCCGCGUACGACGACGCCUGGGAUGCAAUCAACUGGAUCGCUUCCCACAUUGAAAGGAACGGUCCCGAGCCAUGGCUCAACGAAAACGCCGACUUUGAUAAAGUGUUCUUAGGCGGCGACAGUGCUGGAGCCAACAUCGCUCACAACAUGAUAAUGAAAUCCGCCCGAGACGACCAAGUCCGACUCAAACUCUCCGGUUUGCUUUUGAUGAACCCUUUUUUCAUGAACGACGAGCCUGACGAACUUAUAUCAUUCAUUUUCCCUUCAAGCAAAGGUCCCAAUGACCCGAGGUUGAACCCGGCUUGUAUCGCCAUUAAAGAGCUGGCUGCUGGUCUGGUCUGCAAAAGGAUACUGGUCUGUGUUGCAGAGAAGGAUUUUCUGAGAGAAAGGGGUGUGAGUUACUAUGAAACGGUGAAGAACAGUGGGUGGAAUGGGGUUAUAGAAAUGGUGGAGAUUGAAGGGGAAGAGCAUGUUUUUUAUUUGUUUAAACCAGAUUGUGAGAAAGCUGGUGAGUUGAUGGAUCGAGUUUCUUCAUUUCUGAAUCUUUGAAGCUUUGAAACUUGAAAUUCCCCAAGGAUCAAAUUGUAAAAUGGUCAACUUUUAGAGCCAGCAUUGUUGAAAUAAAAGCGCCAUUAAUAGGA